CAUCACCGGACUUGCAAUGGCUGAGGAUGCCACACCCAAAAGUUCCCCUUCGUUUCCUCUGACCUAUUUUCAAAAAUGGGGGUUCAGAAGACAUUCACCAUCAUACCGCCCGCCGGGCCGGCCGAGCGAACCCCGAUCGAUGUUCGCCCAAUGACAUCCAAACAAGUACGCAAGGCCUACCAAGCUGCAAACCGUGUGCCACGUGUAUCCAGAGCCGAGCGCAUAAGGCAAGAGAGAGCCGAACAGGAGCGCAUUCGAAAGGAGUUUGAGAAGGAGAAAGCUGCGGCUAAAGCCAAGCUCUUGAGAGACAAGAAGAAGGCAAAGGAACAGGCGGAGAGGGAGGAGAAGAAGAAGAAAGGCCUGCCCUUGGUGACUGUCCGGCCAAGUCAAGAUACUAUUGCCAAAUUUUUCCGAGGAAAUGGAUUGGGUCAUAAGAGGGGCUGUGAGAGUGAAGACGUGGGUGAGACUACAGAUACUGCGAAAGCCUCGGCAUUACCUGUCGUGGACGAGCUAGCAGAGGAUGAUGAUGACGACGACGACGAUUUUCCAAGCCCCAAACGCUUAUGCAAUGAAAGAGAGACAAAUGGAGAAGACGAAGAGGAAGUAGAGAAAAGGAGAGAAGAGACGUCUACAGCACCUGAAGAAACCUGUGCUGAGAUUGAUGUUGCUGAGGAAAGGCAGAAUGAGCCUAUCAUAGAAGAUGACUUCUUCGAUGGGUUUGAAAUCCUGUCCGAUGAAGAGAUUUCAAAGCUGUCUUUCAACGAGACGGUAACAAAUAUUGUCGUGGACAAGGCAAAGGAAGUCGCAGCGCCGCAACCUCGUGUGGAAUUAAACACUACACCGGUGGAAGAAAGGACGAGCCAUUUACACGACAAGACCACACCUCAACAAUCCAAUCCUGCCAUGCCAAUCAAGAACCCUGAACCAAUAGCUCUCCAAGAGUUUGACUUGAUAUUCGACGAUGAAGAGGAUCUGGAAUUGGAGAUGUUGGCUCUUGACGCUGUCGUGACUUCUCAGCAACGGCCUACAAAGAAGCCUACAGAAAAGGCUUUACCACAAACCUCUCAAAAGCCGACUCGCAAGACGACCGGUUAUGAAAUAGAUCUUGGAAUUGCCGCUUGUUCUAGCCCCGUCAAGGAAACUCAUCAGCCAAAAAGCCAAAAAGAACGUGACCAAACGUCUCUUAUGCCACCGCCACCAAUACCUUCAGCCUCACGACCCUCCAUCUCCCCCCUUUCGCCAAUAGCUGCUAUACCACAAGCACCGCCUCUCAGCACUCAACAAAUCCUCUUUAACAUGGACGAUUUCUUUCCUACGUCCUCGCAGCAGGCGGCUGAGUUGGAAGAAGAAGAAACUACCUUCAUCUCUUCUCCCCUCAAAUCAUGCCUGGCCUCUGAAGCUCGAGCUCCGAACCCACCUCGGGUAUCCCAAAAAAAUUCGUUGCCUUCGGGCACUCUAUCUUCGUCGCCCGAGCCACCUAAGCCAUUCUUUACUGCUUCUGGAUCCAAUGAGAGGAUGGCUGUGGCUUUACUUCGUAGUCGACGAACAGCCGAGCAAGAGGAAGAGCGGAGACGACAAACAAUGCAGCUUGAGCUUGCCGAAAUCCAAAAGGCCAGAAAGAAAGAAGCUGAGCGCCGUGCUCGAGAAGAGAAGCUAGCGGAUGGCAAAUUAAAGCCAAAGUAUGCCAAUCACGCAGCUCUCAGAACAGUACGUGAUGAGAGCCGGAUUUCGAAUCCAGCGAGCCCAGCGAGCCCAGCCAUUAUAAGAAUGCCGCAGUUUUCAGCGAGAAAAAGAUUAAUCAUGAACGAUAACCGCACUCCCGUAAAGCCCACACCACAGAGGACGCCUCUCGUUCAAACAAAUCCAAAGACCAUUGUGCCGGAUACCCAGCAACCAAUUGUGGCUAAUAUGAGCAGAAAAGUUACUUCUCUUGGCGCCAAUAUUCGACCUUGUCCCUCCUCUUUAACAUCUCACAGCGCCAGCAGGACACUGGCUCAGGAGGCGAGGCACCAAUACUCAUCUCCAAAGCACGCAAAUACACCCACUAAAUCAGCCAAUAAACCGGAAGGGAUCAAUACAUCCCCCGAGGCCAGCGAGUCUAAGCGCCCGCCGGCCUCUCAGGAGUCGGAAUUCGGCGGCGGCUGGAUGGACGAGCUGGCGACGGAGCUUUGCUUAUAAUGUACAUGAUUUAGCACAAAAGAGAAGUGCCUAUGAUGAGACAAUGAUAUACCCCUUUUGCGACUAGAUAAACUGGCGGAUUAUUACAGCAGAUAUAUGCAGAUUCGGGACAUGAACUGGGUGGCAUACUGGGGAAUUACUGGGGAAUUACUGGUUGACUUUGCAUUGCAUUUCAGGGCGAAGAUGGAGUUUAUUCUUUCUUUUUACUCUUAUUUAGGUACAGGCAUUGAGAUUAGCUGUAGAUAUAUUUUGAUAACAUACAAGUUUCAG